UGGCGGCAUAACCUCAAAUUAGUUGACAAUUGACGUUUAUUUUGAUCGUGAUAUUGUUUUAUUUAUAAAUAAUAUCAAAGAUGUUUAUAGUAACUAAAGAAAUUGAUGGAGAAAAUAUUAGCAAACUGUGUCGUACGUGUUUGCGUGAGGACGGUGAUAAAAUGGUUUGUUUGUUCGUCGGACCAGCAGGUUCUUCACUUGCUGCCAAACUCAGAUCUUUAUCCUGUUUAGAAGUUUGGCAGGGUGACGGAUUACCAGAAAAAAUGUGUGACAGAUGCGUUACCAGAGCAGAAUCUGCACUUUUGUAUCGAGAACAAUGUAGAGCAGCUGAUAGAGCUUUAAGACAAGCUGCUUUAAAAGUUUCUGGUUUAACUUCAUACGCUACUGUAUCUGGUUGCAAAUUGUAUCAACAGAGUCAAGGUUUUAUGCCAGUACAAAAUUCUCAUAAAACUUUAAAGUGCAUAGAAUGUGGAGCUGUUUUUAUGAGCUAUCAAGAAUUAUGCGCUCAUAGUAGAUUGCAUUUACCUUUUGUGCAAGAAAAUAUUCCCGUUGAACAUAUGCACAUCAUAGAAUCUCAAAAUACGUAUCUUAAUUUCAGUCAUUUAAAUCCUAAUAUUUCUAACGAUGGUAUACAGAAUACACAAUUAUCACCGUUAAUUACAUCUAACGUAAUGCAUAUGAUGUCGAUGAACGAGGACGGUUCUAGCAGAGCAGCUUGUGCUUUACAUUGUUCUCUUUGUAAUCAUACAUUUACUAAUAGAACGCAAUUGAUUUGCCAUAAUAUAGCACAUACUACAGAAAAUAUUGAUAUAUCCUGUGACAACGAUAAUAUUGACAUUUGCGAGAAUUCUAAUCAAUUGCCACAAAAUUUGAGCUACGAAAGAUCCAUCAAUUCUGUUGACAAUUCCGUUGAAAAUUUAUCUUACCAAAGACCAAACGUGAAUAAUAAUCAAAUGCAAAAUUUAAACUUUCCAGAUAAUAUGCAACUCGGUGAUGUUCGAGAAAAUGAUACGCAACGUGUUCAGAAUAUAAUGCAUUCAGAAAAUGAUGUAACGAAUUUGCAUAAUCUACAAUAUGCUAAAACACAGAAUAUCGAAACAGAAAGACAUAUCUUAAAUAAUUAUCAAUCUUGUUCAUCCGAUUCUGAUUAUAAGGAAAAACUUGAUUCAAAGGAAUUGUCUGAUUCAAAUUUAAAAAAAUACAAAUGUAAAUUGUGUACUAAAAUAUUCAGUCAAAAAUCUAAAUUAUUGGCACAUCAGGUAUCUCAUAGCGAUCAAAAACCAUACAAGUGUCACAGUUGUGAAAAAGCUUAUGCUUCUAAAAGUAAAUUGAACGCACAUAUGAGACUUCAUACUAAAAAGAAUGUACAUUUAUGCAAAUUGUGUAACAAAGUAUUUACAUAUCCGUCUUAUCUCGAAGAACAUAUGAAAACUCAUAACAAGAUGUAUAAUAAUGAUUCGAAAAAAGUAUUACAACUCGAAGGAUUUCAAUGUAACACUUGCAAGAAACGAUUUAGAUUGAUCAAAAAUUUAAAAGCUCAUGAAAAACUGCAUACAGGAAAAGAUCUUAUUCAAUGUGAGAUAUGUGAUAAACGUUUUAGUCAAAACUAUAAUUUAAAAGUACAUAUGCAAACGCAUAAAUCAAUAAAGAUGCACAAAUGUGAAUAUUGUAACAAAUGUUUCACGCAAAAAGGUAAUUUGGUGGAACACUUGAGAAUUCAUACCAAGAUAAAACCAUAUGAGUGUAAAUUAUGUGGAAAAACAUUUUCUCAAUCGAGUCAUCUUAAAAAUCACGAAGUUUCACACGUUUCUUUGAGACAACAUCAAUGUCGAUUAUGUGGUAAACGUUUUAAAUUAGCUAAUCACUUGAAAAGACAUUUGAAUUUACAUACAGGAACUAAAACGUACAAAUGCGAACAAUGCAAUCAAAUGUUUUCACAAGCUUUCAGUUUAACGAGACAUAUGAAGAGACAUAGUGAUACUCACAUUUAAUUGUGUAUUGUAAAAAGAAAUUAUUUAUAUAAAGUAUAUCUAUAAUAUUACAAUAAUAUCAUUCUUA